UAGGUUUUUCUUUCACUGAAAAUGAAGCAGCAGUUACAUUGCAAUCUCUAUUAAAUCAUACGAUUGACCGCAUUAUUCUUCAUCAAGUAGAAGUUAUAAAAUGUUUAUCUGAAGAACAACUACAAAAUUUAACCUUAAUCGUUAAAUGGGGCUGUGAUGGUAGUUCGGGACACAGUGAAUAUAAGCACAAGCUCGAUGAAAACGAUGUUAGUGACGAAAGUAUUUUUUUCACCUCUCUUGUCCCAUUGCAACUUAUACACAGAGACUCUACGACGAAGAAAACUACAAUAGUCUGGAAAAAUCCAAGGCCAUCAUCACCAAGAUAUUGUCGGCCAAUUAAAAUUCAAUGUGCAAAAGAAUCAGUUGACUUGACGAAAAAAACAACUAAUGACAUAGAAAACCAGAAACAUGAUCUGAAUGCAUUUGAAACUACUGUUGACGGGAAAAUCGUGUGUGUUAAAUAUGAUUUGUCCUUGACAAUGAUAGAUACGAAAAUCACUUAAAAUUUGGCCUAUCAUCUCUACAUUGUUGGAUUAGGUGUUUCGAAUUUAUAUUACAUUUGUCGUACAAAUUAAAAAUCGAAAAAUGGCAGGUACGUAAGGGAGAGGAAAAAGAGUCGGUUGAAAACAGGAAAAAAAUAAUACAAGCUGCUUUUAAAAUAGAAAUGGGCUUAAAUGUUGACAAACCGAAAGCUGGAAGUGGAACAUCGAACGAUGGUAAUACGGCUCGUCAUUUUUUUGAAAAGUACCAACAAUCUGCAAAAAUAACUGGAAUUGAUCAGGAUAUUAUACAUCGUUUUUAUAUUAUACUGCAAGCCAUAUCAAGUGGACAUGACAUUAAUUUGGACAAUUUUAGACAGUAUACUGAGAAGUUAGCUAGAAUGAUUGUAGAAAAGUAUGAUUGGUAUUACAUGCCAACUUUAGUACAUAAGCUAUUAAUUCAUGGCCCAGAAAUCAUUCAAGAUUCAGUUUUACCUAUCGGUCAAAUGUCAGAAGAUGCACAAGAGGCCUGCAAUAAAUUUUAUUCGAUCUAUCGCCUGAGCUUUGCUAGAAAAAACUAUCGUCAAAAAACAAUGGAGGAUGUGUUCAAAAGAUUUUUAGUAGCUUCUGACCCAUACAUUUCUAGUUGUAGAAAAUUGCCAGCUAAACAGCUAAAAUCUUUAUCAGCAGAUGCUAUUAAUUUAUUGUCGUCUCCAUUUGUUGAUAAAGAAGAGGAGCAGGACAGUACUGAUAUUAGCUCUGCCUCUGAGUCAGAGACAGAUGUAGAUGCUUAUGACCUUCAUGAUAAUGAAAAUUUUUUUAUGUAAUUCUUCUUUAAAGCAGGAAAUACUUUCCAAUUUUAUAAUAUUAGAGUAUACGUUUUUUAAAUACUUGUAUAAGUUAUAAUACAAUUCAAAACUCUAGUUUCGUGUAUAACCUAUAAUUUUCAAUUUUAAUAAAAAUUUUUGUGAAAACUUGAAAAA